AUGAAAAUCACGGCUGUUGCAGGGAAAAAUGUGCGAGCUGCCUCGCUGAAAAGCUGUUGGUGCAGCACUGUUCUACCAACUGAUGAAGUUGACGAUGCGGGCUAUGAAAGUUACAAAAUCGAUGGAAUCGUUGUUGGAGAUUCAAUUUCGUUUUCUAAUCUCAAAGCAGCAAUUGCAGCCGAGUUGGAUAUUGAUGUAUCAAGGAAAGAAAUUGAAAUUCUUUACAUUGUAGAAGAAGUUGGAGUUGCAAAUGUUAUAAUCAAUUCAGAUAUUGUUGAUGUGAAGACAGACAAAUGUGAUUGGACUAGGAAGGCGUCGUGCAUGAAAAAAUCUGAUGUAUUCAUUGUUAUAAAUUUCAAUAGUGAACAUACGUGUUCGAUGAGGGAGAGGGUAUUAACCAAAGUCCAAGUAACAGUCAGAUUUUUAAGUGGAGUGACAGCUCCAAAAUUGGUCAAUUAUAAACGAAUUUAUACACCAAGAGAUAUAAUUGAUGAUAUUAGAGAAUAUUAUGGGGUUGAAAUAUUUUACCAGCAAGCAUGGCGUGCUAAAGAACGUGCGCUCUCCAUGAUUAGGGGAAAACCAUCUGCAGGAUAUAGACGGAUGUUGCAAUACAUACACAUGUUAAAAACUGUGUAUCCAGAUUCUUAUAUAAGAAUGCAUAAGACUGAAGAGGAUGAAUUUAUGUAUAUGUUCAUCGCCUUAAGACCAUUAAUUAGGGGAUUUAAAUACUGCAGACCAGUAGUUGUUGUGGAUGGUGCACAUCUGAGUGGAGCUUACAAAGGGAUAUUUGUCUCAGCAACCACACUUGAUGGCGCAGGUUGCAUAUUUCCAUUGGCAUAUGGUGUUGUUGACACCGAAAAUGAUUGUUCGUGGACAUGGUUUUUCGAACAGUUCAAACAUGCAUUUGGCGAUAGAAAAGAUAUGUGUGUUGUUCCAUAUAGAAAUGAGAGUAUUAUGAAGAGUGUUAGGAUUGUGUUCCCCGAUGUAGCUCAUUAUGUAUGCAUCUGGCAUCUUUGGAAGAAUUUAUGUGGAAACUUCAAAAGGAGCAGAAAGGCCAUAAGUGAUCUAUUCUACUCUAUGGCCAAGGCAUAUAGAAAGGAAGAUUUUGAUAAGUAG